AUGUCCGCUAGCAGUGCUGAAACUCAUGUCGGCUCCUAUAAGCCACUGGGUUAUACCCUUAACGUCCAUUCCAAGUAUUCGCCACUGAUAGCAACAAAAUCCAGUGCUUCCUCAAUCCCCACACUGCCUGAGUCUCCCAACUCGAGAAACACUCGCGACUUCAUUAGUUCCAACUCUGAAGACGACGCUGAAAGUGGUGGUGUUGCUACUGGUUUCCACACCGUGUCCACUUUAGGCAAUUCUAUGGAGUUCGGCGACCUUGACGUUUCAUACCAAAUAGCAGCUGACCUUUUACAGGGGACCAUCUCAGACAUCUCCUACACUGAAUAUGCCAACUUUCUUGGCCUGCCAGAGAAUCAUAGGAUAUUACAAAAUUUUGUCUAUUUAUUAAGGCCCUUACCCUUAUCGUUGUUAUCCGUAUUGCAAAAGCUAUCAAGUAACAUUUACUUUAUUGCAGAAGCACAAAAUAUUGAUAGGAUCCUAGAGGAGACCAGUAAACAAUGGGUACGAUGCCAUCCCGAUACUAUAUGGGGUAAUAAUUAUAAGCUGUGCCAUAUUGUGCUAUUUUCGUUACUAAUUUUGAAUUCCGAUUUACAUAAUGAUUGUCAAUUGACCAAGUUCUCGUCAGAUUCAUUUAUUCACAACACCAUCUAUGCCCUCACAAAGGAAGAUCAAUGCAAAAAUAUAGAUUUGGAUAAGGUUCAGCCUCAACUUGAACACGAAUUGCUUUCCUAUUAUGAAGCUUUGAAGUAUUCUUCCUUGCCUUUAUUUUCGAGACAGAAUUCUAGUGUAGAGACUGUGGCCACCGGUAAGAAAAGCCAUACUUUGAGACAUGGCUCUCAAGUAUCCAUCCCCAUUGAAAGAACUCCAUCAAGGAGUACAUCAAUGUAUUCUGGACAUUCACUAGUAAAAGAGUCACAAACUACUUCAAAUUGGAAAUUCCAUCAUAACAAGACUCUGCCAAAAUUGUAUCGCGAAGAACCCAUUGACUUCCAAAUAAGUAGCUCGGUUCCAAAGAUCUGGUGUAUGGACAAUAUAAUUGACAUUAGUGCAAAAAAUGAUCAAGUUAACAUUGCCAUCAAGAAAUCUCAAUCUUCAAGUACAUUAAGUCAAAGUUCAUCCGCCAGUGAUAGCAACCGCCGUCAUCAUAAAUCUAUAUUUGGUUGGUUACGUAUAGGCGGGAAACACCAUUCAAUAUUUGAUGAAAAAAAGAACCAAUUAACAUUUUUAGAUAAGAAUGAUUCACAAUGGAGUAAUGCUCGUGUUUGCAUUUAUGAAGGCCGAAUAUUUAUAUUUAAACUGAAGGAGAAGACAAAUAAAGGAAUCUCUAAUGCCAUCGAAAAGGGAGAUCUAAAUGAUCUGGAAUCAUUUAAAAAUUUGUCAUCGAGUUACUACGUCUAUAAUCUUUUUGAAUCAGUUGCUGAUUUAGUGCAGGAUAAUGUUGUUACCAAUUGUAAUCGAUCUCGUACCUCAUUGACGGCGAAAGGGAAUUUUAAUGUAACUUUCCCAGCUGCACUAAAUGGUAAGAAAAACGUUUUGGAAUUUCAAACGCCAACAAUACAAGAAGCAAACGAUUAUGUCGCAUGCAUCAAUUUUUGGGCAGCUAGAUUAUCACCAAUACCGUAUGCACAAUUUGAAAUUGUCUCCAAUGAGGAGUAUGGAUGGGGUGAUCGUCUUCUAAAUAAAACAUCGUCUGUCAAUAACAAUGUUAGAUUGAGUUCAUGGAAACCGUUGCUCUCUCUUGACUUACUUCAUGAUGAUUUGGAUAGUUUCACAGGAAAUCUGGAUUUCGAGACUCAAUUGGCACAACUCAAAGACUUUGUUGACCAUUUGGAGGAUUUAAUUGAUAGACAUAACAAUAUUAAACCCAAGUUGGUUGCCAAAUGGAAUGACACUAGAUAUUUUGAGAAAGUUAUGGAUAAUUGGAACGAGAAGUAUCUUUAUAUGAACUAUCAAUAUGACAAAAGAAUUAAAUACUUAAGGGCGUUACAAGCUGUGAAAACCAUUGUUGAUCAAUAG